CCCCCCCCCCAGGUAUUUCCCUCCCUCCCAAGGAGGAUUCCGUGUACUGCUGGGUGUCGUUCAACACAGUGGAAGAGCAUUUCCGCCCACACCAAAAAAAGUCUCGGCUCUUCAUCGGCCUCUUACGUCAUCAACCCGCGCUGAAGCGAUGCCGAAGUCCCCGAUGCUGCUGGAAUACAAAGCUGUCUGAAUUAACCGGGAUUCUGGCAACGGCUGCGCCCUCAUUGAGGCCUAUGGCGCAAGAACAUAGUUUCGGAGAGCUGGGAAGGAAAGAAAUUUAAUAGCUAGUUUAUGGCUGCAUUAAAACGCUUCCCCGCGCGGCCGCGGUCUCGAGUUUCGGUCUCGGCUUCCCUCAGAUGGAAAAGGUUGGAGUGGUCUAUACCUAGAGAUUAUUUUAAUCCCGCCGAUUUUUUUAACCUCUAUCCGCGGACAAGGGUGAUGGUUUGCAAGAAAAGAAAAUAAUUGCAUGAAGGCCCUCUCCUUACCUCUAGUUUGAAUUACUCCUAGUAUUGGCUUUUAAGAUGAGUAACAUCUCUUCUUCAAGAUUGGAAGAUAGAGUUCUGCAAACUCUGACAAAAGUUUUUGGAUUUAACUCUUUCAAGACUUCAUUGCAAGGAAGUGCAACUAUGACUGUGGUAAAAGGGGGAAAGGAUGUAUUUGUAUGUAUGCCAACAGGAGCAGGGAAAUCUCUGUGUUAUCAGCUUCCAGCAGUUUUGGCAAAGGGCAUCACGAUAGUGAUUUCACCAUUAAUUUCACUUAUUCAGGACCAAGUGGAUCAUUUGCUCUCUCUCAAAGUCAGAGUGAGCUCUUUUAAUUCCAAGAUGUCCGCUCAGGAGAGAAAAGCCAUCCUUGCUGACUUGACAAGUGACCAUCCUAAGAUAAAGUUAUUGUACAUCACUCCAGAGAUGGCAGCUUCUGCUUCUUUUCGGCCCUCCUUGGAACGUCUAAUGUCUCAAAAUCUUAUCUCUUACCUGGUAGUUGAUGAAGCUCACUGUGUUUCCCAGUGGGGGCAUGACUUCCGACCGGACUAUUUGCAUCUUGGCUCCUUGCGUUGUCGCAUGCCCAAUAUAUCAUGCAUAGCCCUGACAGCCACAGCUACUAAGCAAGUUCAGGAAGAUAUUAUAGCCCUGCUGAAGCUAAAGCAGCCUGUUGCCACUUUCAGGACACCUUGCUUCAGGCCCAAUCUGUUCUACGAUGUGCAGUUUAAAGACCUUUUAGCAGAUCCCUAUGAAAAUCUGAAGGAUUUCUGUCUGAAGUCUCUUGGACAGCAAAAUGAAUUAGGGGGGUAUCCUGGCUGUGGAAUUAUCUACUGCAGGAUGAGAGAUGCUUGUGAACAAGUGUCUAUUGAGCUAAGCAAUAGAGGAGUAAAAGCAAAGGCAUAUCAUGCAGGGCUGAAGCUGGUAGAGCGAACCUCCAUUCAAAAUGAAUGGAUGGAGGAAAAAUUUCCAGUCAUUGUUGCUACUAUCAGUUUUGGAAUGGGAGUUGACAAACCCAACGUCAGAUUCGUUGCACACUGGAAUAUUUCAAAAUCAAUGGCUGGAUAUUACCAAGAAUCAGGAAGGGCAGGGAGAGAUGGGAAUCCAUCAAGCUGUCGCCUUUAUUACUCUCAUUCUGACAGAGAACAAAUCUGCUUUCUCAUCAAGAAAGAAAUUACUACGCUUCAGGGGAAACGGGGUUCUUUGAAGGAGUCUGAUAAAGCUGUGAUGAAAAACUUUGAGGCUAUGGUCGCCUUCUCUGAAAAUCUUGUUUGUCGCCACGCUGCCAUCGCCAAUUACUUUGGAGAUGAUGUUCCCCAAUGUAACAGAAGCUGUGAUUACUGUAAGAAUCCAGUAGCAGUGAAGAAGCAAGUAGAAGCAUUACAGCAUAGCACCAAAAGUUGGAGCAGAACCUAUAUUGGACCUUCUGCUUCAUCUUGGAAUGCCUGUGAUCCUGAGCUAUAUGGAGGAGGAAAGCGAGGUUGGGGUGGCUUUGAAAGCUAUGAUGAAGAUACCAGGAGUGUGGGUGCAGUUAAUGAGGACAGCCAGAAAAAGGAAUGGAACAUUUUCUAUAACAAACAGAUGAAGUUGCGCAGGGGCAGAGAAUCUGAAAAUGAUAACUUUGUUCUUCCGGAUACUGAUUGUCCCUUGAAGGAUGCAGCCAGUAGGAAAAUUGCUAAAAUUACAGUAAAGGCUCGAGAACACUGCCUUAGGAUGCUGGAAGAAGCAUUGAUCACCAACCAGCAAGCAACACCAGUUACAGAUAGUUCAGGUUUUCUAGCAUGUGCUGUAGAGAUGGAAUAUGAAGCUUUCCGGACCAAUAAGAUGGCAAACCUAUACAAGGCAUCAGUUCUAAAGAAGGUCACAGAAAUUAACAAAGCUUCCAAAAAUGGGGAAUUGUACGUUCUCCCAGACUUGGGAAUCAGUGACUAUCCCAAGAUGAAAGGUGAACCAACUACUACACAUGAUGACGUCUUCUGUCAAGCAUCCAAAGUGAAUACUUUCAAACCCAAGAGAAUGGGGAUUGGAUUUCGAAGGAUGUCUGGCAUGUUCCAGUCUGCUUCAGAGGUUCUAUCUGCUAAGGAAGGAGAUGACAUUAAUGUUAUAAAAGAGGAAAUGGACUCAAACUGGAAGGAGGACAGUAGCUGUGGUCCCAAGGCUUUGGAUGUGGAUGACAUUCUCGAUAAGGAGGAAGCAACCAACAAAAUAUGCAAAAAAGGUGGUGAAUCCCCUGAAAAGAAAGAACAGCAUGACACUGCUGAGGCUGUCACCGCCUUAGCAAUUAGUCCUGAAAAGAGAAAACCUACUAAGAAGCAGUUGCUGUUGGCAGAAGCUGCUAGGAAAGAAUCUCAGAACAUCUCCAAAUUCUUCUCCAUCCCCAAAGCAGGAUGUCAAGUCAAGGCUUCAGAAAAUGAUUUGGCAGAAGAGAACAUCAACUGUCUCAAUGAACUGCCUCAGUUUCCCUCCCGAAGAGCCUGUGACGUGAAAGCUGAACCUCCAGAAACUGCUACUGUCUUUAAAGAACUAUCGAGUUCAUCCCCCCCAAAAGAGCAGGAAUCCAAGAAUAUAGAAAAUAUGCCUUUGAGCAGUCAAAGAUUAGGGAGGGAGUACUCAUACUCAGGAUCAAGUUUUGAAAAUCUAAAGGCGGAAUUUUUGGUUGAAGAAGAUACAACCAAUGAUUGUGAAUAUCUUAAUGGAAAAAGACCAGGAUCAGCUGAAGACCUGGAAAGCCCUGCUGAAAAGAGGCUACGGAUGAUGAACAAGUCCUCCAUUUUGUCACAGUCAGAGGGGAAAGCUGAUAGGCUGGCAAAAAAGAAAGUCACUUUUGACCCAAAUUUAUCACAGGAUGAUAAAGAAGGGACCACGAGAGCCAUCCAGCCACAUUCUAAAACAUUGUCGCUUAAGGAAACAGCAAAUAUUGUUGUAAAAUAUUUGACUCCUUUCUACAAAAGUGGGAAAUUUGCAUCUAAGGAUUUGUUCAAGGGAUUUGCUCGACACCUCUCUCAUUUGUUGGCUGCAGAUAAAAGUAGUUUCCGCAAAACAGUGAAAGAAGAAGCGCAGAGGCAGAUCAAGACAUUUUUCAAAAGACGGGGCAAGUGUGAAAGCGAAACAGACUGGCAGGAGCUGACCACUUUUGAAACGUGACUCAUGAAAGGCCCUGCUUCGUUUUGCUGGUUGUGACAGAAGACUGUUGUCUCUCCAAG